AUGACUGCGCAUCCUGGGCAGCUGGUCUCGACCAGCCUUUUCUCCUCCCACACGAGCACAACGAUUACCCGAUUCUCCCCAACCACGACGUUUUUUCAAGAAAGGAGCCUGGCGGCGGCGAUCCUCCUGGUCUUCUACCUCAACACGGGCAUCCUAGUGCCCGGGACCUGGCUUUGGCAUCGGCUGCCUUUGGCUGUAUCACAGAAUUCGAUAGUCGGCGAAAGCUUGGUGAUCCAGGGCGAGCACAAGCACUACGAGGAGAACUUCUCCGCGGACUACGAGGACCUUUUCUUCGUGGACUUCGGGAACGACCUCCUCUACAACGACAAGGGCGACUUCUUCGUGGAUUACCAGAGCGACUUCUCCGUGGAUUACCAGAUCGACUUUUCCGUGGAUUACAAGAACAACUCCUCCGUGGACUACCUGCACAACGUCUUCUACCUCGUCCCUGGAAAGCGACCAAUGGCGACUUCUUCGGCACCUACCUCAGGAAUACCCCUGCACGAAUAUCGUCGCGAUGUUCCUCCUGGCUGGGGUCCCAACCUUCCGGACUACAGCCUCAAGACCUUCUUCGAGCGACUCAAAAUGUGGUAUCGCUUGUAUGACGGCCCGGACGAGACUGUUGGGCCUCUUGUGGCUGGCCGCUUGGUAGGUAAGGCUCAGAAGCUGGCUUUGGCAUUGCGUUUGCCAAGGCCUGACGGCCAGGUGGACAUUGGGUCGGACGCCUUGGUGAGACUCCCUGUUGACGAGGUGCGUGACCCGGCGAACCCACAGGUGAUCUUGCAGCACUCGAUCGUCAGUGGGAUCCAAGCUUUGUGCAACAAGCUCAGAGAAACGUUCGGCCAUACCGACCAGGAGAUGGCCCAGAAAAGCUUGGAGUCUCUGUUCGAGCUGCGGCGCGGCAAGCUCACGCUGCAGGAGUACGCUGUGGAGUUCGACACGCGGAUGGAGGAAGCACAUGAGCGGGCAGGCUUGGAGAUGAAUGAAGUGGCCCACUACUACUUCUUCUUCAAGAACAGCGGCCUGCCACAGCGACUCAUGGACGAUAUCCGCUUACAAGUGCACGGCGACCUCCGCCGGUACCAGGAGGCACGGAGCUUGGCUUUACGCUUGAGUACCAAGAACGAAGGCGAGACUUUCUACCAGGAUGAUGACCUCGGCGGCGACACCAUGGCUGACCGAGAAUCCUGGGACUCUUCCUGGUGGUCGGACGGCUGGGACGAGUACUACGACGAGAGCCUCUACGACCACUCCUCCUGGUAUGGCGAGGACGACUACUACGGCGAGGACGAGGAGCAAGACGGCCAGUGGCAAGAAGACGGCGAAGGAGCUGGCGAUGAUCUUGAUGGUGGCGACGUGUCAUGGGACUACCCCGUGAAAGGUGGCAAGGGCAAGAAGUCGAGGGGCAACGCCAUGGGUGUUGGCUGCUCGGUCUGUGGCAGCAAGUGGCACAAUGCUUCCUCUUGUCCUGUUGGAGGCAAAACUGGGAAAGGUGGCUACGACAAGGGCGGCUACCCUGGCAAAGGUUCGGGAAAAGGCUACGGCAACAAAGGCUACGGCGGCAAAGGAACCUUUGGCAAGAACAAGGGCGGAUGGCGCCCAUGGAACUCGUCGAAGGGCAAGUCCUUCGGCAAGCGGCCGUCCUGGGGUUUCGGUUCCAAGGGCAAGUCAAAGGGCAAAGGCUGGCGAGGUUACGCCGAGUACCCCGACGGCUACUCUCACGACAAGACCCUGGCGGCCCACUUCGGCACCGACACCUUCUCGGCCUUCCCGGCAAAGACCUCCAGCUCGCGACCUAUGGUCUUUGACAUGGACAAGGGCGAGCCGGAGAUCCUUGGAAAAAGGACGGUUACCUUUGAGACCGCUGAAACCGAGGCUGCUGAGACCGACGAGGCACCCACCGAGGGAGCCACACAGAACAAGGGCCUCGACUUCCACUUCCCGGUUGCCCUCUACGCGGACCGCGAGCACUUCCACAUGAUCGGCGGAAACAAACGCCGUGGACUGCUGGUGGACCCUGGGGCCAGCAACGGCCUUAUCGGUUCAGAGACCCUUCGCGACAUCAUGGAUACAUGUUUGACGGCAAAGACGAGGCCUAAGGUGCAAUGGAGCGACAAGGUGGCCAAUGUUUCUGGCAUCUCCGGGGCACAGAACCAGACGCUCGGAGAGGUCACCUUGCCUCUCGGCUUCGGAGAAGAAGGCCGUGGCACCUUUACGGCCGACGUUCUUGGAGGCGAAGGCUCUUUGUGUCCGGCACUGCUGUCGAACCCGGCUUUGAGAAAAAUGUGUUCAGUGAUCUACAGCAAUUUCUUCGACAAUGGAGACGGGCUCAUCGCUUGCACAAACAAGAGCGAGGAGCCGCACGGAACAAAGCCCUCCUGGCACUACUUCCGGCUUCUGCUCACAGACUCUGGGCACUACUUGCUGCCUGUGGACAUGCGACCCAAUUUGGUCUCUGAAGAAGUCAAGGUGAAGGCUGGCGCUUUCAUGGCCAGCGCAGCAAAGGCAGCAAGGAACAAAUGGGGCGAUGUGCGGCAUUGCUUCUACGGCACAGGGAAUGCUGAACUUGAGCGGAGUGAAGUGUACCAUGGGCUGAGCAAGGGUGCGACGCAGGCCGAUGAUCACAGUGUCCAUCGUGAUCCAGCAGAAGUUCAAGCAGAUGAUCACAGUGUCCCUCGUGAUCCAGCAGAAGUCCAGGCAGACGAUCACAGUGUCCCUCGUGAUCCGGCAGAAGUUCAGGCAGACGAUCACAGUGUCCCCACGCAAGAUGAUGAUCAAGUCUCCGGUGAGUCUGGUCCUUUAUGUCAAGUGAAGCAUCCGAGUGUCCGUGGCAUCUUCCUUCUGUCCAAAGACGAUCCUCGGCAAGUCUGGAGCGCUUCUGAUGAGUGGACCCUGUUCGGCGACGUCUUGGUGCGACAUCAUCAUAUACCUCGUAGAGCUAUGUUCACACCAGCAUGCACCAAGGAUUGCCCUGUGGAUCCGGCUUUGCUUUCGGACUACCGAGAAACCACAUGGCGACAGGGCGGACACUCCAAGGUCUACAAGGACUCCUGGCGGCAGGCAGCACAUCCUCACCGAGACCUCGGACACAUGUGGACAGGGCAGACGAAGUUCAAGUUGAAGAAGGAGGCCACCAACCCAAAGGCAUCUGAGGCGGCUUCUGAGACGGACCUCGAAAUGCCUUGGGAUGACUUUGCGGGGUACAAGGAGGACAUCUUCCCUGAGCACUGGAGUUCUACUGAAGUCAAACAACAUGCACAGCGGUAUGUCUCUAUGGAAGAGGAGUACUACACCAAAACGAAGAGACGCCCGGUGACCCCGAAGAACUUCUCCACGUGGUUCUCAAGAUGCAUGGGCCGUGGACUUCGGUGGCAAUUCCAAGAACUCUUUUCAGGCUCGGGACGUCUCAGUUUGCUGGCGGUCAUGUCCGGUCUUAUGGUCGGAUUUCCAAUCGAUCAUAGAUACGGCUGGGAUUUGGCGAUGCCAGAUCACCAAGCCAUGGUGAAGCAGGCGAGGGAUGAGUUUCUUCCCUACUACAUGUACGCAUCGCCUACGAGCUCUCCUUGGCAAUCCUCCUCCAACGAAAAGACACCUCAUCUACUACUACCGCGGCAAGCAGCCGAGAGGCCAGCACUGGAGUUCCUUCGCUCGCUAUGCCAACAACAAGCUCAAGAUGGUCUUCGUUUCGGUGAGGAACAACCACGCAACUCUACUUUGUUCCAGAGCAAGAACAGCCCUCUUCACGAGAUCUACUACAUCCCAGGAACAAGAAAGAAGCAGCAGGUGGACCAAUGCUACCACGGGUGCGUGAAUCAUGAUAGCCACCCGGUCAAGAAGUCUACAACCAUUGUGAGCAACAUCAAGCACCACAACACGGCGAAGAGAUGCAGCGGCCACCAUGGCGAGUCGCAUGCAGUGAUCAAUGGGAGCUUUGCUGGGGCCUCCAUCAUCAACAAGACGGUGGUUUAUCCCCGCCGGAUGUGUCGGGCCAUUGUUGAGGACGUUUGGAAGUCUCUGAAGGCAUCCGGAGUGAUCGUGCAGCAAUGGCCCAACGAGCUUCUCCUACAUGCCGAUUUCUCGGGCUACAAGUGCGAGCGGUGUCAACUGGGUCGAGCUGCUCUACCUUUCAUGGAGCACACGCUUAUCCCAGGGGAGUGCAGAUAUGGACGUCGACCUCCAGGCGAAAAUCCUCGACUUCCUCUGCGACCAAUUGACCCUCUCUCUACCUUCAAGAGGAAAGCUCGUGACAAGGACCUCUCCGGCAUCUCCUUGGGAACUCCGGCGGACAUCUUCUUGCCGGUGCAGGCUUCCCUAUAUCUCAAGUACACGUUGCUGAUGGUUGUGCAAGACACGGUGGCCAUCUUCUCCGAAGCUGUGGAACGUGGCCUGGAGUAUGUGCACUGGCUCACCGAUCCCGUGCACAAAACCAUGUUCCAGGAGAUCUUCCAGAAGGAGAUGAAUGUCAAGGGCAUUGCUUGCGCAAUUCGGCCCUUCCACUGCUUGGUUCCUGAACCCAAGCUGUCUCCAAGGGCUGCUCCACUGCGACUACAGAUACGAGGUGAUGUGAAGAACUGGAAGGUGAUGGAACUGGAGGAUCUCAGACUGCUGAGCCACUCUCAGCAGCAUCAGCGCAUCGAGGAGAUUGACUGGCUCAUCACGCUGUUCGGAAGUUCGGUGCGGAUCCUGGCAGGCCAUCGAUCGAGAGCUUCCUCCUCGAAGGAUGAUCUACCGACUCCGGCAUCGAAAGACGACCUACCACCAGAUCCGGAAGAGAUCGAGGAGGAGACCUUCGAAGGGGCACCUCAACAGCCCAUCAAGCCGCUUUACUCCUUCAAGAAGGUCUUCAAGCGACUACGGCAGAUUGCCGAAUCGGACCCUCUCACUGCGAAGAGGCUGAUACUGGGGCUUCAUGAACGAUUUUAUCAUGCCCCUCUCGGUGACCUUCGGAACCUACUGGCACGUUGUGGAAUGCCUGGAGAAGUGUUGAGUUUGGUUCCGGACGCAGUCAAAGGAUGUGCGGUUUGCAGAAAGUAUGUGAGGCUGCCUAACCGGCCUCAGGUCAAGGUCACCUCGUCGAACGUGUUCAACGAGAGAGUGCAGAUGGAUCUGUUCCAGUAUGCUGGGAAGUGGGUGUGUUUGCUGAUUGACGAGGCCACAAGAUACAAGAUCGGCUUCCUGAUCGCCGACAAGGGCUGGAAGGAGAUCACCCGCAUGCUGCUUUCGACGUGGAUGAUGUAUUUCGGCCCUCCAGCCUUUCUUGUUGCUGACCAAGAGUCCUCUGUCAUGUCCCACGAGGCGAGUGCCGAUUUGGAGCGCUUCUGCAUCACCCGAUGCCCUCGGGGAACUACCAGCGGCACUGCCGGCAAGCAGCACACUGGUACAGGUUUGGUGGAACGCCAUGUUGCUCUCACAGAGCUCACGAUGAGGAAACUGGCGAGCGAGCUCAAUCGCCAAGGGCUCUACUCCGACGUGGACGAACUGGCCAGAGAGGCAACGAUGGCGCAGAACCUCUCUCUGAACUUUGGCGGCGUGACACCGGCGAUGGCAGUUCUCGGCGUCCUUCCGAGGCCAUUCUUUGAUGUGGCCACAGACAAUGUCAUGUCCGACGCCGGUGCCCUCCAGACGGACCUGUCACAGUUCGAGCGGGCUCUUCGCGUGAGGCAGAUUGCCAUGGCAUGCAUUCAGCAAGCCAUUUCAGAAGACAGAGUGGCGAGGGCCAACAGAACUCGCACGAAUCAGCUGGAUAUUGGCUCUUUGGUUCCUGGAACCUCUUCUGUCGACAUCUACCGCGAAGUUGCUGGCGAUGUUGGAUGGCGUGGCCCAGCUGAGCUCUUGAAGAUCGACGCUCAGGAAGGCAAUGCGGUGGUUCAAUAUCAGGGCAGACCUUACCUCGUUGGGCUACGACAUCUACGACUGCAUGAGGCUACGAGCUUUGUGGUCCUGCCUGAGGAUGUUCAGAACUCCAUUCGAGAACUACGGACCAUGGCGGAAGCUCAACGUCCAUACAAAGUGUCGAUUGUCGGGUGGAUCCUUGAUCAUUCGGAUCAACAACAUGUUUGGCGCCGAUCCUCGAGCUCCUUCUCCCAGUACGAAGAGAUCAUGCAGCACGCCACGGCGGCAUCGAGACACUUCAGCGACCGACCUUUCGGCGGUGUUGCCAUUGGUCAAGGGGUACGACAUCUACGACCUCCUCCUCACUCUGUUGGCGUGUUGAUGUUGUGGGCUCAAGGUGCUGAACAGUACGUCUUUGAGGAGCACUGGGACUCCUCCAUCGUGAAGAUCAAAGACAUGGUUCCCUUUCCUGUUGAGGACGCGUGCUUUCUGUACUUCUUCUUCUACAACCACGUCGAGGACGAAGUGAGGCCAUCCUCACUGAAGGGUUCAGGGGACUCCAUCCCCUUGGUUCCAAUGGAGCUGGACUCGACAGAACCGGCCAUGGACACCUCUGACCUGAUCGACCACAAGCGGAAAGGUCCAGAAACUCGAUCUGUUGUUCUAGGACCCGAAGACAAGAAGCAGAGGACCGACGCACUGGUUCUCCAGGCCCUCUACGCGGGAGGUCACGACAUUGACUAUCUUCAGCAACUGCACUGGCUCUCGAAUGCCAACAGGAAGGUGAAGCUCGACCCUCAACACCAUGCUCUGGCAGCGUGUAACUCACCUUUGGUUUCUUUGCUGGACGCCCACAUGUACCGGGACGCGAUUCCUCCAUCACUGCAUGGCUUCAGUGAAACCACGAGACCGUUGGUGACGUGGCCUGGCAAGCUUUUCUCUACGUUUCAUGUGGACCUCCAGGACGGUUCAGCUUUCAAGGUUGACACGGACACCGACAUCAUCUCUGAGUCGGAUGUGUUCCCAAUUUGGGACAAGGUGGAAGAAGCUGACCGCAAAGAGCUGCUACAGUUCAUUGAGACCAAGUCCUUCAGGAAGGUGAUCAUGAACACAUUGUCCGAGGAUACCGUUGUGAUUGAUGCAACAUGGGUGAGAAAGUGGAAGCGCAAGGCAGAUGGAAGUCUGGUGGUGAAAAGCAGGCUGUGUGCACGCGGCUGUUUCGAUCCUCAUCGGGAACACCUCACCACGAGGAGCACUACAGCCACCAGACUCUCUCAGCGCAUCGUUCUCUCGACGGCGGCUACUCACCAGAUGGACUGCGAAUCCUUCGACAUCUCGGGGGCUUUCUUGAAAGGCUUCACGUUUGAGAAAGUACGACAGUUGUUGCGAGCACGCGGCAUAGUGUCACCGGUGAGAAAGGUGGUGAUCAUACCUCCUGCCAACGUGUGGAGACACCUUGCUCAGGCCGACUCCUCCUUUGAAACCUAUGGUGACUACAUCUCCUUCGGCCUGGCUUGCGAUAAACCAGUCUACGGGCUAAAUGACGCUCCUCUGGCUUGGCAAUUGUGUCUCCAUGAGUUCCUGAAGAAGCACGGCGGUUUUCCCUCACUGUUGGACGAGAACCUGUUCAUAUGGAAGACACCACCUCCAGAGAACAAGCUGAAGGCCCUUGUGUCUACGCAUGUCGAUGACCUGGCCACUGCUGCGUUCAAGGCCUUCAUGAACUGGCUAUUUGAGACACUGAAGAAGGAAUUCGGCAGCGUCACCCGGCAGACGAUGCCUUUCGACCACUGUGGUUGUCGUUACGAACGCACAGCGGAUGGCUACAGGAUGUCGCAAAAGCACUUUGCCGAAAAGCUGGUCGAGACAGAGAUUGCCGAGAACAAAGACGACGACACCGCUUUGACCCCUGCUGAGUUGACCACCUUCAGGUCGAUAUUGGGCGGCCUUCUGUGGCUCACCGCCACUCGGAUGGACAUCAUCUCUGAUGUUGCCCUUCUACAGUCACAGGUGACCAAGGCUCGCAUAUGUCACCUUCGACUUGCGAACCGUGUGGUUCAAAAGGCCAAGCAUCCAGACUACAUCGACCUCGGCCUCCACUACCGGUUCCUUCACGGCAACCUACGCCUACUUUGCAUCCACGAUGCAAGCUCCGCGAAUAAGGACCGGAACUACGCUCAGGAAGGCAUCCUCGUGCUCCUGUGCGAAGACAAUUUCAAUGUGGACGAUGGCGUCUACAAGAUGGAGGCCAGUGAUGAGUUGGUAAGAAAUCUGGGAGGCAAGGCUCACGUGCUCUGGAGCCACGGCGCUAAGGCGAAGAGAGUGUCGUACAGCACUUCUCAUGCUGAGACACUGGCGGCUAUCGGCGGGCUAGAAACGGUUUCGCUGGUGGCCAUCCGUCUCUCCGAGCUGAUGUUCGAGAAGGGACAGCCUACGCUGAAAGACCUCAUGUCGAUCCAGGAGAAUGGAAAUCCACUGCUGCCGGUGGAUGCCAUGACGGACUGCCGCGACUUCUACGAGCUGACGACUGGGGAAAGGACUCUGCCGCAAGACAAAGGGCAGCGCCUAUAUGUCUUGGCACACAAGGAAGCCCGGAUAUGCGGACGCAUCAGGUGGAUGAUCCUGGUUCCUACGGAAAGCAUGACGGCGGAUGCUCUCACAAAGCCGAUGAUUUCUCCGCCACUGCUUCACCUGAUGUCCUGCGGCCUGGUGGAGUUCAAGAAUGAAGACGGACAUCCUCUUCUUCUACGGCGUCUUCCUCCAAUCAAGGACGUCAAUGAGGACACGAUUCUGGAGAAGGACGACGUUCUGGUGAAGAACUUCCUGGUGUUGCUGGCAGCCUCCAUGUACAAGGUUUCCAAACCAUUUAUGCUGGCGACGGUUAUGGCUACGCAGGUUACCUCGACUUCGGCCUCCACGACCUCUACCACGUCUUCGACUUCACCGACCUCCUCUUCGGAUAUGUCAUGGUGGUGGAACGAUGCUACGAUGUUCUGGCUGGUGACGAUUCUGGCGAUCAUCACUGUCGAACGACUAGCUCUACAUGGUCUUCUUCGUGGAGUGAACACCCUGUGGGCUCUACUUCCUUCGAGGCCGACUUCGUUCUCAACAAGCUCUACGACGUCAUCGACGAGCUCUACAAGCACUCAGACGGAUCAGGUCUUCGUCCACAACCUGGUGGAAAACCGGAAGCACAUCAUCCUGUCUGAUGAAAUCGCCUACAAGGAAAGUGAGAUUCGACGUCUUCGUGAGCAGAUCUCCGUCCUGAACAACCGUGGCACUGGAGAAGCGGACGAUCUGAGAGUGCAGUUGCAACUGAAAGACGAACAGCUGCGAAAGCUGGAAAGAAGGAUCAAAGAUCACUUCAUCAGCUGCACUUCGUCCAUGACUCUUACAGUCGCUCAGUGUUCCAGAUGCUGGCACAGAAACGGCUUCUGUGGCCAAUUCAAGAAGGGCUCUAAGCUCAAGGAACUGACUACCGACAUCUUCGAGCGUCUGAACCUCGGUGCUCGUCGGAUGCAGGUUAGUUUUGAACAUCUGAAAUCACAGAUCCAAGCUCUGAUAAAACAACAUUGGAACCUCAUGGGAUUGACCCAGUGCCAGCCACAGGUUGUGACUGAUGCUUGUCUGUCGUGGGCCCUGAUUCGAGGACGCGAUUUCGUCUUACUGGUGCUCGAGGGGGAGUGCGGGAUUGGAUCCGUAUGA